AUGAGAUAUACAUUGCUGCCUAGUCUAUUGAUAUCACUUUGUCUGAUCGUCAUUUGGCCGAAUAAAUUUUUCAAUUGUGAAGACAAUUGUCAAGAAUUGCAGGAGUAUAACAAAGUAAUUUUUGAAAAUGUCUCGUAUCGAUAUUCUAUUCAUAACAAAUAUUCAAUGCGAAUUAGGCGUCAUCAAUUACAUCCAGUUGUGAAGGGUGAUUUUGAAGAAGUCACUGAUGAACAAACUGUUAUCCCAAAAUUCUCCUUUGAAUAUUACAAUAAUCAUGUCGAUCAUUUUAAUAUUUCGCCUACUGGUGUAAUAAACUUUCCCUUGGGAUCCGUUGCCUUUACUAUGCCAGAAAUUCAAUCUUCUCAGUUAAUGAUCUUGAAUGAAGGAAAAAGGAAUACAGGUUUCAAUGGGACUUGA